AGCGGCAGGAAAGGCGCGGGCAGGGGGAGGAGGUGUCGAGAUGGCGCUCCGCGCGCGGGGCGGAGGGGACGAAACCGCAGAUGCCGAGUGAGCCGGCGAGCGCAGCGCGCGAGGCGGGCGCCCACGUCCCACCCCGGAGCUUGCAGCGCCGGCGGCGCGCGGGGAAGCGCGCAGGUUACGCCGCCGCCCCAGCCGCUCGGGCCCGGGCUGAGAGCCCAGGCGGCCGGCUCCGGCUGCGCCUGGCCCCGUGACCGCCCACCCGCCGGCGGGGCUGGGAGCUCGCGCCCCGCGGGGCCCGGGGCGGGGACCCCCCCCCCCCCCGACCCCGACCCCAACCUCGGCCGCCGCGUGAGCCCGGCCGGUCACACGCGCCCGCUGCCUCGCGGGGCUCCGGGCUAGAUGACGGUGGACAGCAGCAUGAGUAGUGGGUACUGCAGCCUGGAGGAGGAACUGGAGGAUUGCUUCUUCACUGCCAAGACCACCUUCUUCAGAAAUGUGCAGACCAAACAAACUCCGAAGAAUGUCUGUAAACCCCCGGAGGAGACGCAGCGCCCGCCCACACUGCAGGAGAUCAAGCAGAAGAUUGACAGCUACAAUACCCGGGAGAAGAACUGCCUGGGCAUGAAGCUGAGUGAAGAUGGCACCUACACGGGUUUCAUCAAAGUGCAUUUGAAACUUCGGCGGCCAGUGACCGUGCCUGCGGGGAUCCGGCCCCAGUCCAUCUACGAUGCCAUCAAGGAAGUGAACCUGGCGGCCACCACGGACAAGCGGACGUCCUUCUAUCUUCCUCUGGAUGCCAUCAAGCAGCUGCACAUCAGCAGCACCACCACGGUCAGUGAGGUCAUCCAGGGGCUGCUCAAGAAGUUCAUGGUUGUGGACAAUCCCCAGAAGUUUGCACUUUUUAAGCGGAUACACAAGGACGGGCAAGUGCUCUUCCAGAAACUCUCUAUCGCUGAUUGCCCCCUGUACCUGCGCUUGCUGGCUGGGCCUGACAAUGACGUCCUCAGCUUUGUGCUCAAGGAGAAUGAAACUGGAGAGGUGGAGUGGGACGCCUUCUCCAUCCCUGAGCUCCAGAACUUCCUCACGAUCCUGGAAAAAGAGGAGCAGGACAAAAUCCAACAAGUGCAGAAGAAGUAUGACAAGUUUAGGCAGAAACUGGAGGAGGCCUUAAGAGAAUCCCAGGGCAAACCUGGGUAACCGGUCCUGCUUCCUCUUCUGGUGCCCGCGGAUUUAUUUUUAUGAUUAAUUAUUAUUUUGCAACAGACACUUUUUCUCAGGACACCUCUGGCGGGUGCAUUUGUGCCCACCUGGCAGUUCCAGAUGUGGCACGAAACCUCUGAGGGGCGCAGGUGCGCGGGCCAGGCGCUACCUGCCGCUCGCUGCUGAGGAGGGGGAUGGGGGACAGAGCAGCCUCAGUCCUGGACAAUCCUCCCGGAAGCCAACCGGCUGCCUCUGUCAUCACCGAACCGCAAUUGUUCGCACCAGCCGGCAAAGGAAAGAAGAAAGGUUUCAGAGCUGUUACGUUCUUUCUCUGGCUUUUAUUCUUCUUCAGUUUCUCUCGUAUUUGCCGCCCACAGACCUUUAUUUAUGAGUCAAAAAUUGUAGCAUAUUCCUCUAGCAGAUCUGAGCUGAGCCCUGGAAAGCAGGAUAAUGCUUGUGAAAGGACUGUUCCCUCACUGCCCCAAUGUGACCAUUGUUCAUGCUCAAGGGAAGGUUAUAAAGCCACUGGCCCCAGAUGCUCAGGUAGGGAGCACCAAAGCUGAGGCCGGCUCGGAGGCUUCUGGAGAAGCCGCAGCCCGCCCUGGCCCUCAUUGCUCAAGAGUCUGUGCACGUAAACCCAAAGGCAUAUGUUAUUUGCGCAAGUGUGACAGUCACGUCUUUGUCGUGAACAGACAAGUGUUUGUUUUUAAGUUACAGUUUUGAAUUUGACAUUGCCAUCAUCAUCAUGUGUUUCCACCAAAGGGAAACCAACCAUUCACCAUUUUGAAUAUCUCCUGUGAGAACGGAAAUCAGGCUGUCUGAGAAAGCCGAGAGACGUCACAGAGAAGUGUGUCCAACUUGCCUUUGGCCUUCCCCCAGCUAGCGAGCUGGGGAGGGCUUGGCUGCCUUGCUGUCCCCCUUGGGCUGCAGCACGGCCUGUCUGCUUCCGCCAGGACUCAGGUGCUGUCAGAGGAGCCGCCUUGACUCUGAAGCCCGGCCUGCCCGUGGCACUGCGCUCAGUGAGCCUGUGGGCUGGCUUCCUGCUGACCUCAGUGCCUUUUUUGUUUUCAGAGAGAGGAGCAGGGUGCAUUUGCUUGAUGCUCUACUGCCGGCUUGCUCCUGCCAGGAAGUGGCCCAUGGCGGUGUGGGGGGCAAGGCCAGGAGAGCCCUCCCUCCAAGGCUGGUACAAGAGUCAAAGACCUUCCCAUCUGAGAUCCUGGGCUUUGACUCCCAAGAAGUGAUGUCAACCGCAGGGACAGGGUGGGUCAGAUUCCUAACUUACAUCUGUACUGGCUCCCGGUUCAGGUGCAAACUUAAAAAUGAACUAGCCAAACAACUGAAGCGAGUAGCCAGGACUGCGAAGACACUCCAGUGCGGAGGGAGGACUUUUAACUUCCAAAGCAGGGACGGUUUUCCCAUCCAGCCUCUCAGAGAUCACUUCUUUGCUCCUCUGCCUUCCCAGGUCCUGCUUGGGUCAGGUUGAGCCCCAGCUUGUGUAGCCUCAGAAGUCCCCUCCCUGACCCUUGCUGCAUCCUCACUGCCCCUGAUCCCAGAAGGAAUGCUGACCCCUUGUCAUCCAAACUGUGUCUGUCAUCUUCAAAGCUGCAGAAGCAAGACGAGCUAGCAGCUCAAGAUUUUUGAGAACCCCCCCGCUCCCCACACCCUGGUUAUCUGCCAUCUCCUGCUCAGCCUUAUCGCUUCCCUCCCUUAAGAAAUCUCUCCCUGCUGUAUAUUAAAGGGAGUGGGUAGAGAGCCCCUUUUUCCUUCAUGCUGCAUGUCUGUAACAUUAAUGGAAGGCACGGCUCCUGCUGCAGCCACUGUGAAUGCUGCUGAGGGCCUCCCUCUGAUGGGGUGGCCAUUUUAUUUUUGAGAAGCAAAAAAGUGUCAUGUCCAUAUAUACGUAAGGGCAUAUAGCUAUAUAUACAGAGAUAGGGGUGUUUAUGAAAGAAGAUUAUGGGAAAAUUCCGACUUUAUCUAAAGCACAGUUAGACCCAGGACCCGUGCCGAGUCCCGAGCCUCGGAACAUAGUCUGUGUGAAUUAUCCCUUCCCCCCAGAGGUGGGUAUGACUGCUGGUAGUGCCUUCUACCCUUGUGUUGCCCAGUGUGUACGUGUUUGUCUUGAGGAUAUUUUCUUUUUAAGUGUCUUUCUUAGAUGGGUUUAAAAAAAAGUAAUAAAAGCUUGUUGCAAAAAGGAUUCAGACUGGAGACACCUUUGGCCUUCACCAUCUCCGGGAAACUGGGAGCUGGGAGAGAGGGUGGGAACAGGGAAGGGCACGCGCUUCUUGGCAGAGUCACAUUCCCUUUUGCCAGCGAACAGAGGAGUGAAGGCUGCUCUUCAGAUAGUCUGGAGAAAACGGACGGGACGCAUGGGCCAGAGGGUGUUGCCCCAGUGACCGGCUGUCCUGCACACCCCCAGAGCAGGAGAGGAAAGGGGAUGUGCUACAGAAGGGGAUCCUGAGUGAGAAGAGAGGAGGGAGCUUUCUGGAGCUAAAGAUGAUUGAACAUGAGGACAGACUACCGAUGUGGACAAGGAUUCUUCUAUUUCUCGAAUUAUUUAAAAAUAAGGCAGAUAUGGGUGCCUGGGUGGCUCAGUCGGUUAAGCAUCCGACUUCAGCUCAGGUCAUGAUCUCACGGUCCGUGGGUUCGAGCCCCACCAUCAGGCUCUGUGCCGUCAGUUCGGAGCCUGGAGCCCGUUUCAGAUUCUGUGUCUCCCCCUCUCUCUGCCCCUCUCCCAUUCACAUUCUGUCUCUAUCAAAAAAUGAAUAAACCAAAAAUAAAUAAAUAAGUAAAUAAAUAAAUAAGGCAGAUAGGACGUGCCUCUGAGAGUUUAAGAUCAGCUCACCUGGAGGAGGGCAAAUGAGGUGAGUAAAAAGACCCUUUCGUAUUAGCAUUAUCUAACUUCCGUCAGAGAAACAGCUCUGUAAUCACAGAAGCAACCACAUAAAGUUGUUAAGAGAGAUUCCUGCCUGCCUUCCAGUGGUGACAGCCAGCUCACUCCCUAUCUCCCUGGAGGAGAGAACACUGUAUCCAAUAGACGUUCCUAAAGUUACCCAAGAAUGGGGCACAUCUGUAACAUUUGUUCAUCUAGACCGCCAAGAAGUAUGUCUUUCAGUAACUUUGCCAAAACCUAGACAUGAACCAGUUUCUGCUUUUCACUGAAAUUCAUCUGGUAACAGCAUGGGAUUAAGUUCAAAGUUAUGGAUUUGACCUCGAUAGUGUUUGGCUUAGCACAUAGGAACAACAAACAAACAAAACCCCAAUUCAUUAAACAGCCUAACCUUCCCCAGCCUUCUUACAUGUAUCUGUGGCGUUCACCAGGGGGAAAGGGAAGAUGACCUAAUGCAAAUGUGUCAUCAUUACUGGGAAAACCAAAGCACACGUCCUGACAGGACUGUCCCAGCAGAAUUCUAGGUUAAAUCACAGUUAGAAGUGGAUGUUCAUUUUAGACCCACCCUCACUGCUUACUGGCUUUGUGUCUCUAACAGAGAUCAACAAGGCAAGACACAACCUCUCUGAGCCUCCAAUCCCGCCAAGACUGCAAAGCAAAUCAUGUUUGUGAAAGAACCUUAUAAAGUACUACAUGUUAUCUGUAUUCAUAUAAGGACCAUAUUUUAUCACUACUAUUCACACCAUACGCCCUCAGAUCAAUCUGUCUGUCCAAAGGUUUUGUUGUAAUAGGACCUUGUUUUGGGAUCAAUUUCCAAAAUCCCUUCCUCGGUUCCAUAUGCCCGUGCUGGCAGAGAGAGGAUUAGUAAAAUUAAGGGGUUUACCUACAGCAAGUCACAAGUGACUAGCACUAUUAUUCUGGGUCUAAUAAUGAAAGGUAGGUGGUGUCACACACGCACUUUCAUAUCCCUUUCUUCCUUUCCAGCCCCAGAUGGG